AUGGACGGUGUCGCUUACACAGAUGGUACUACCCUUGAUGAGGCACACAAAGAAAUUCACCUAAGCCUAGACUAUCUUCAAGCUAAGAUCAACCAAUUCCAUCGGGACAAUACUCCAACAGCCAGUCUGACUAAGAGUAUGCCCAAGGAGACCGCAGACCCACAAUCUACAACAACCACUUCGCGUCCAACACCGACUGACGUCCUAGCACCCACAAAAGAACCCCAGCCAAACUCAGACUCAUCAAACGCAUCUCUCCGCCACGAAGUCAAAGGCGUCAUCACCCACGAAAUGGUCCACGCCUUCCAACACAACGCAUCCUCAACAUGUCCCGGAGGCCUCAUCGAAGGCAUCGCAGACUACGUCCGUCUCAAAUCGAACCUCAACCCACCUCACUGGAAGCCAUGGCCAGCAAACAAAGACACUAGGGGCGACAAGUGGGACGCUGGCUACCAAAAGACCGCGUGGUUUCUCGAAUGGAUCGAAGACAAUAUAGGAGGCAAAGGCUGUAUUGGGCGGCUUAACGAGGCUAUGAGAAAGGCCAAGUGGGCUGAUGGGGACUUAUGGAAUCCUGGGUCGACGCUCAUGGUGGACCCCCUUCGCGUGGUGAGGAGUUUUUAG